GCGCUAAACUAGUUUUGAAAUAACGUGUUCCCAAUCAUAUGACUCCUAAGGUAUUUGUAAAUCCUCAAACCUUUCUUAAGAACCUUUCUUCACCGUUCCCGAAGAAUCAGCACACAGAUACCCAAUCCAACUACGAUUCUUCUCUCAGCUUAACUUCCCCUUUUUUUUUACACCAAUGGCGUGCCACUCCAUUAUUUAUACCCGCCCCCACCCCUAUUUACCCCGUGACCCCCCUCUCUCCGCCGCCUCAUAUUAUCGGCAUAAUCUCCCCACACUCAAUUUUCACUACAAAAAGGUUUGUAAUUUUUAUACUGGAAGGAGGAAGAGUGUGGUUUGUUCAAUGGCGGCGGAGAACAAAGUGAUGUCUGGUGAUAGAAUGCUGGUGUUUGUUCCGCCACAUCCUCUGAUUAAGCACUGGGUUUCGGUUCUUCGAAAUGAGCAGACGCCUUGCCCUGUUUUCAAGAAUGCCAUGGCUGAGCUUGGUAGAUUGCUGAUGUAUGAAGCUUCAAGAGAUUGGUUGCCUACCAUAGCAGGAGAGAUCCAGUCACCAAUGGGUGUUGCAUCUGUGGAAUUCGUUGAUCCAAGGGAACCUGUUGCAAUUGUUCCCAUCUUGAGAGCUGGUCUGGCUCUCGCAGAGCAUGCAUCAUCAAUUUUGCCAGCAACAAAGAUGUAUCAUCUGGGGGUAAGCAGAAAUGAAGACACACUUCAGCCCACUGUAUACUUGAACAAGUUGCCUGAUAAAUUUCCUGAAGGUUCUCGUGUGUUUGUUGUGGAUCCAAUGCUGGCAACUGGUGGUACAAUAGUUGCAGCAAUUGACCUAGUCAAGGAACGUGGGGUUGACAAUAGUCAGAUUAAAGUGAUAUGUGCAGUGGCUGCUCCUCCUGCUCUCACGAAGCUCAGUGAGAAGUUUCCGCGAUUACACGUAUAUGCUGGAAUACUUGACCCAACUGUUAAUGAGAAAGGGUUUAUCAUCCCCGGAUUGGGAGAUGCUGGAGACCGUAGCUUUGGCACAUGAAGUAAUGCGAAUCAGCUGAUGAAAUUUCUUGCCAUAUCAUUCUUUUUAGAAAUGAAACAAAACCUUGUGAUGAUGGAAGUUGGACAUUGAACACCAUGUUGCUUAUCUUGUUUUCCACCAAUCAUUGUUUCCCAAUUUUGGAUCCUUGAGGAGGUAUUAUAUAAUAAGCGUAGGGCAAAAGACAUGCUAAAGUUCUUUCUUGCGUCUCUUUCAAUUCUUAAGCUGUGUGUGGUAGAGAAUUAUGAACAAGUACGAAACAGCUUGAAAUGAAAUGAAAACCCCAAAGUUAUGGCGAUCC